AAACCCUACGCUUCAUUUUUGCCAUUCAAGUGACCAAUAAGAAUUCCCAGCUCCUGCACAAUCUCACGCUUGGCUACAAACUCCAUGACAAUUCUUUUAGCACCUUACGCACUUCAGAUGCCUUGCUGGACAUUUUCUCCACUGGAGACGCCAAUGUCCCCAACUACAGCUGUGGAAGGAAGGAGAACCUUCUGGCUCUUCUUGAUGGAGCUAGCAGGGACAUCUCCAUCCAGAUGUCAACCUUAGUAGGCAUCUACAAAGUCCCACAGUCCUUGCCUCAGUCCAGAUGUGUGGAAAGUUGUCCUCCUGGAUUUGCCAAGAGGGCUCAAGAAGGAGAGCCAGUUUGCUGCUACGACUGUGUUCCUUGUCUGGUGGGGACCUUCUCCACUCAGGAAGAUACUGAAAAAUGCACCAAGUGUCCGGAUGAUCAAUAUCCAAAUGAGGACAGAAUCCAAUGUGUCCCCAAAGUUAUAACCUUCCUGUCUUAUGAAGAACUUCUGGGCAUCAUCCUGGUCUCUUUUGCCCUAUUCUUGUUCCUAACCACAAGCCUUGUUUUAAUCGUCUUCAUUAAAUACCGAGAAACUCCCCUUGUCAAAGCCAACAACCGGGACCUCUCCUACAUCCUCCUGGUCUCCUUCCUGCUUUGCUUCUUGUCUUCUUCUCUCUACAUUGGUCAACCAAAGAAAGCCACCUGCCUUCUCCGACAAACGGUUUUCAGCAUCAUCUUCUCAGUCGCCAUUUCUUCUCUCUUGGCCAAAACCAUCACGGUGGUUCUAGCCUUCCUGGCCACAAAUCCAGGAAACCAAGUGAAGAGAUGGUUGGGGAAGGGUUUGGCCAACUCCAUCAUCCUGUCUUCUUCUGGUGUCCAAGUUAUCAUCUGCUCCAUCUGGCUAGGAGCUUCUCCCCCCUUCCCUGACUCUGACCUCCACUCCCAGCCUGGAGAGAUCAUCCUGCAAUGCAACGAAGGGGCCGUUGUCAUGUUCUACAUCACCCUCAGCUACAUGGGCUUCCUGGCUGCCACAUGCUUCACGGUGGCUUUCCUAGCCAGGAAUCUACCUGGGGCCUUCAACGAAGCCAAGCUGAUCACCUUCAGCAUGCUGGUCUUCUGCAGUGUCUGGGUGAGUUUUGUGCCCACCUACCUGAGCACCAAAGGGAAAUACAUGGUGGCUGUGCAGGUCUUCUCCAUCCUGGCCUCCAGUGCUGGUCUGCUGGUCUGCAUCUUCAUCCCCAAGUGCUACAUUAUCCUUCUGAGGCCUGAGCUGAACACAAAGGAGCAGCUAAGAAAUGUGGAGACAUGA